GCCGCCGGAAACAGUGACGGUUUAAAGCACCGAAUUCUGCUGCGAACCGGUUAAAUAUCAAUGUGCCGCGUGAUUACUGUAGAGUCUCGGAUCUGAUUUGAACUGAUUUGUCUUUAGCUGCGCAUUGAACGUGUUUGAGGUGUUGUCGAAAUCUCUCUGAGAGGAGUGCUUUGUUAGUUGCUAUGUACCUGGUGCUGAGGAUUUUGCUCGCUUUGAGCACGUUUCUGGCAUCAGGGAACUGCCUUGACAACGGUCUCGCUCUACUUCCUCCGAUGGGAUGGCGAACCUGGCAAAGAUUUGGCUGCAACACCGAUCCGGUACUGCAUUACGACGAGUGCAUAAGCGAGACUCUUAUCUCAGACAUGGCCGACCGUAUGCUGCUGGACGGCUACCGCCAGGCCGGCUACGAGUACCUCAUUAUGGACGACUGCUGGAGUGCCAAAUCAAGAGAUGCCCAAGGGAAUCUAGUGGCCGAUUCCCGCCGCUUUCCGAGAGGAAUGAAGACUGUCGUGGACUACGUACAUUCCAGAGGCCUCAAAUUUGGCAUAAACGCGGGAAUUGCGGCGAAGACGUGCAAUGGUUAUCCGGGAAGCCUCAAUAACUUCGAGCGUGAUGCCAAGACGUUCGCAGACUGGGGCGUCGACUUUGUCAACGUGGACGGUUGCAACAUGGACCCCAAGAAGAUGGAUGAGCUGUAUUCACAAUUCGGACGAGCCCUGAAUGCCACAGGCCGGCCAAUGCUCUACUCAUGCGAAUGGCCCAUGUACCAGGCGCAGUCCGGCAUCACGCCUGACUACGAGAAGAUAGCCAAGACCUGCAACAUCUGGCGGAACUACGCCGCCGUGACGUACAACUGGAGCCAGAUAUACGAAGUGGUGCAGUAUGAAGCCAAGCAUCACGACCUUCUGAUGAAUGUCACAGGUCCGGGCGCCUGGACUGACUACGGCACGGUAGUUGUGGGCAGCUACGGUUUGUCCGAGUCCCUUCAACGUUCUCAGAUCGCAUACUGGGCGGUGGCGCCCUCUCCGGCGAUUCUGUCGGUUGACUUGCGCAGCGUAGACAACGCGGCACGGUCCCUACUGCUCAGCCCCUACGUCAUCGCCGUUAACCAGGACCCACUGCGCUCAAAGGCCAGCCAACUUCCACAGAAAAACAACCUGGACGUGUGGACCCGAUGGGUUAUGCCCCGACUUCCCAGUGGCGACAGUUCCAUGGUGCUGAUGGUGCACAACCCGAGCAUUCGCGGAGGUCCGCUUGCCUUUGAGAUUACCGUCGCCGACUUAGGCUUGCACAACCCUCGCGGCUACGUGCUACAGGAUGUGCUCAACAACAACACACUCAUCGGUCUUUUUUACCCAAGCCAGAAGCUCAGCGUCGCUGUUCCACCUCUGGACGUCAUCCUUUUCAAGGCAACUAUCACCGACCGCUGACGGCGGGCGAUACAGCUUGUGCCUAGCG